GUAAAUAAACAAUAAUAUUUCAAUUACUAAUUAAUAAUUAGUAAUUUUUAAACAAAUUUUUUUUUUAAAUGUGAAAACUAUUGAAAUCAAGCAUGGAUUAAUUCUAAAAAAAUAUUAUCUAGUAAGUAAUGUGAUAAUACCAAUAUUAAGACGCAAUUAAGUGUGAAAAAUGCGCCAAACCCAGUUGUCUGAAUUUUUCCGAGUAACCGGCUCACCGGGGUCGGUUAAACGUGAGACGAAACGUAAAUACGGACACUUAACCCCUAAAUCAACCAACAAAUUUCAGAUAAAAGUAACUCCUAAAAAGACAGACAGUCCUUCAAAAAUGGACAAGAAGCGUUCGUCAGACCUAUCACUAAGCCAGGUCCAAAAAAAACUCCGUCUGGACCCCGAAGACUCUGAAAAUGAUUCAAUCAACUUGACUCAGCCGUACGUGCCAAUGGAUUUCGAUCUUGAGAAGAUUUACCGCGAGAAGCAUUUUGACAUUGAGUUUGGCUCCGUGGUGAUGUCCAUGUGCCAGGAGGUAAAGCGUCUGAAGCCCUCGGAGAACAAACACGUCCAGCAGCUGUUCUCGGCUUUUUACAACACUCUGUCGAUGCCAAUCAACUGCGCUUACUUCACCGAAGAGGAGCUUAAUGUCCUCAGACUGAUGAUGGGUCUCAGCGACGAUGCGAAAAUUCUGCUGGCCAGGUUGCUCAAGUGGAAGGACAGCUGGCAUAGAGUUAAGAAAAUUUCUGGGAUGAUAGAGGUGAAUUUUACCAGCACGAGCUUUCAGGAACUUGUUGACAAGGGAAUUUUUGAUUGUGAUUACGAAACCGAUCAGAUGUCAGUAGUGCUAGAUCUCCUCUUAGUCGACGAACUAAAAAGCAUUUGCAAGCGUAUGAAAGUCCCUCACACCACGGGCAAGCCAAAAAUGAUCCUCGAACUCUUAAAAAUCGACGGUAAAAAAAAGUCCAUGUUCGCCGGAAUGAAGACCCCUAGCGCAGCAUUAAAAAAAGUAAUCGAAGAAACAGUGGGUCCUUGCGUUCGCGUCUCAGUCCAGACCUGGAGCUUGAUAAAGCGCCUGUUAACCCUUUUAUACCCUGUCCAGGCCGCAGACGAGUCUCUAACAGACGUCUUCCGGAUCCUCGACGAGGUAUUCCACGAGCACAGAGUCUACCCUGACCUGCCCGAAGAGCGGUACCCAAUUUUCCGCAACCGCCAGAGCUUGAUCGAUUAUGUAGAAGCUAAAAUCGCGCUGAUAAAAAUCACCGAUGCUAUAAUGAAGAAGAAUUGGGACUUGGUCCGCGAUUUAGGCCAACUGGCGUUCGAUAAACUCGAGCCAGCUUUCAAAUCCCAGACAAAACUGGACGUGCCUUCCCAUGUAAGAAGAUUCGACGCGACUUAUAUCUGGGGCAAGGUCGUCUGGUCUAGCGUCGACGCGUUCAAGAAGGAGAAAGUCGAAGGCAUUGCCACGGCGACUAAAUUCCUAAAAGCUCUUAUUGAAAAUAAGAAUAUCAUCCAGGGAAAAAUCGGUCGCUGGUACGGUGAGCUUGCGAUGAUUGAAAUGAGCCAUAAUAAAGAUCUAGAAGCCAGCGUGGCUCUGACAAACAAGGCGCUGACCGAGGAGCGGCUGUCUCCAGUGGACGUUGCCGAGAUGCUGGACAGAGCCAGGAAGUUAGUAGCUCGCAAAACUGGGAUCAGUUUGCAGAGCAAAGAACUCAUGAAACAGCUGAUCAGAGACCGGGAGGAAGAGUUUGUGGUGGUUCCACAUGAAGUUACGGUUUCUGGCACUAGGAUGGACCAUGAGUUCACCACCGGAACAAAAAGUGUCUGGCGGGUCAAGAAUGAAGCCUCCACCGAGCUGAUGAGCGUCGAGAUGGUCGCGAUGAAACACUACAAGGCUAGUGGCUACAACUGCGCCGUUCACUGCGAGGGAAAGUUACCCGUUACUUUAUUCGCUGUUCUGCUCUGGGAUGAAAUUUAUGGAAUUUCUGUCCCCGGAGCUUUCGUCUGUCCUUACCAGACUGCUCCGCUAGAUUUGUUCGGUUCCCAAUUUUACCCCAACCGCCGCGAAGCUAUUGAUCAAAAGUUCAGCUACUACGAAGAGCUGGACGCUGAUAGUCUCAGCGAGAUUAUGUAUGAAAAUUUUAUCACUUACCGGGAAUAUUUUUCACUCAUGAGCAAUAACUUGGUUGAAGAUGGCCAUGAUUUUCAAGACAUUGUAAGAUGUCUGGGAGUCAAAGCAGUAGUUGGCAUCUGCAAGCUGAUGGCUAAGAAUUACUGCCAGUGGAGCGCAGGCUUUCCUGAUUUAAUCGUUUGGAACUCAGGGAAGAAGAAGUGCAGAGUUGUUGAAGUCAAGGGACCCGGAGACUCGCUGUCGGUCAAACAAAAAUUGUGGAUUAAGAAUUUAAUGGAGCUUGGGGUUAAAACUGAAGUUUGUCUUGUCAAGGCUAAUUAAUCAAACUUACCAUUUUUUAUUAAU